AUGCAAACGCCCGUUUAUAAAACAAAUCCACAUGAUGAAUACGAACUGAUACAAAAGAUAGGAUCGGGAACGUAUGGAGAUGUGUACAAAGGCAAGAACAUACAAACAGGCGAGCUGGCAGCUAUUAAAGUCAUCAAAAUUGAAUCAGGCGAUGAUUUCCAACAAAUCGAACAAGAAAUUACCAUGCUUAGAAGCUGCCAGCACAAAAACAUAAUCAGUUAUUAUGGUUCAUAUCUAAGAAGAGAUAAGCUAUGGAUUUGCAUGGAAUUAUGUGCAAUCAGCUUGCAAGAUAUUUAUCAAGUUACUGGACCUCUUGCGGAACAGCAGAUUGCUUAUGUCUGUCGAGAGACGUUACUUGGUCUUCAAUAUCUUCACGGGAGGGGAAAGAUGCAUCGAGAUAUAAAAGGUGCAAAUAUACUUUUGACUGAAAAUGGAGAUGUAAAGCUCGCUGAUUUUGGAGUCUCUGCUCAAAUAACUGCGACGAUAAAUAAACGAAAAAGCUUUAUUGGAACACCUUAUUGGAUGGCACCGGAAGUCGCUGCAGUUGAAAGGAAAGGUGGCUAUAAUCAGUUGUGUGAUAUUUGGGCUACAGGAAUAACAGCAAUAGAGCUCGCUGAGCUUCAACCUCCAAUGUUUGAUCUUCAUCCAAUGCGUGCACUCUUUCUUAUGAGCAAAUCAGGCUUUAAGCCUCCAACACUCAAAGAGAAAGAACGAUGGUCACAAAUAUUUCAUUCCUUUGUUAAAAUCUCAUUAACAAAAAACCCCAAGAAGCGACCAAAUGCUGAACGUUUGUUACAACAUCCCUUUGUAAAUGGAGGUGGUGCUGGUACUGGCGAAAUGUCAGUUCGUUUGAUGCGAGAACUUUUACAUAAAUAUCAAAAUCCUCAUCAGUUUAAUGAUGGCAGUGAAAUGGAUGAAGAUGGAGCAAUUGGUCUUUCCAAUCACAAUCAUCAUCAUAAUCAUCAACAACAUCAACGUGGAUGUAGUCGAGUUGAAGAUUCUCAUCCUGAACCGAGUACAUCAGCAAUGGCAGCAUGUGAUGAGACAUCACCAAAGCGUCAUAACUCGAUGGAUCGUCUUGUUGGUAUGUUUAGGGACCUGAGUUCAGCUGCGAAUCGGCAGAGAAGUUUAAGUGAUGGUGAACAACAGCAACCGGAUAUUUUGAAUAAUACUCCACCAGUGCCCCCUAAAAGAAACAAACAUCGUCAUCGAUCUCCGCCACCUUUACAUCAUCCGGUUUCGAAUGGUUUACCGCCAACACCGAAGGUUCUCAUGGGAGCAUGUUUCUCAAAAGUUUUCAAUGGCUGUCCCCUUCAUAUCAAUUGUACAGCUUCUUGGAUUAAUCCAGAAACUCGUGAUCAACACAUCAUCAUAGGCGCUGACGAAGGCAUCUUCAAUCUCAAUAUGAAUGAAAUUCAUGAUGCUGUCAUUGAUCAACUUUACCCUCGAAGGACAAUUUGGCUUUACGUAAUUAAGGAUGUUUUGAUGAGUUUAUCAGGAAAAUCUUGUCAAUUAUAUCGUCAUGAUUUAGUUGCACUUCAUUCCAAGCAAACAACAAGUCGCUUUACACUUCACAUGCAUAUGCAAAGGAUACCUGAGAAGUUAGUACCACGAAAGUUUGCUCUCACCACGAAAGUUCCCGACACGAAAGGUUGCUCGCAAUGUUGUGUUAUAAGAAAUCCUUACAAUGGUUAUAAAUAUUUGUGUGGACGGACACCAUCUGGAAUCUUUCUUAUGCAGUGGUACGAUCCACUGAAUAAAUUUAUGUUACUCAAACAAUGCGAAUGGCCGGCAUCGACAGUCAGCAUCGUGGCCAAUGAUAAUUCAGUCUUCGAGAUGAUCAUCACACCUGAAUUGGAAUAUCCGAUUGUUUGUGUGGGCGUGUCGAAAGUAGCUUUCGGUGGAAACGGAUUAAAACUUGAACUGAUCAAUACGAAUAGUGCUGCCAGUUGGUUCAACUCGUCACACGAUGAUGACGAUUUGGAUCGAACAGCGACAAUGAUACCGAAAAGAAUGCCUUUAAAUGUUGUUAAAGUUCAUCAGAUGGAGAAAGAUGUGAUUGCAAUUGUACACGAUAAUGUAAUUGAAAUGGUUGAUCUGAGGGGACAUCCAAAAACGACAAAGAAAAUUGGUCUGUCAAAGUUUGAAUUUGAUUUUAAAGUCGAAGGAAUGGUUGUUGUGCAAAACGACAGCAUUCUCGCAUUUCAUUUACAUGGAAUGCAAGGAAGAUCUUUAAGAAAUGGUGCCAUCACACAGGAAAUAACUGACAUCAGUAAAACUUAUAAACUUUUAGGAAGCGAGAAAGUCGUUUGCUUAGAAAGUAGUCAAGUUCGUAGUGGUAAUGAUGGAAGUUCAGCAGCUGAAGAAUAUCAUGAUUUGUACACAUUAGCUGGACAUGAAGCGAUCGUUAUGCUCACAGGAAUUAUGGCGAUAUUAAGCUUGGCGUAUAAUCAAACAGCAACAAUUCAUAACGUCUUCAAUGGCUGCCUUUGUCUCUUGUUCACCAUCAUUUUAAUAUUGUUAAAAUUUCGAGUAAUUCGUGAUCAUCAUUUGCCAUUUUUAUGUUAUGCGAUUUUAUUAUUUUCGGCUGCUUUCUGCAUUAUAUCAAUGCCCAAUUUAAGUGGCUUUGAAUUGCCUGUUGACACACGCGAAGUGAUGGUGGAAGGCGUAUGGCAAAUUGUUUUUGUAAUCUUUUUGGCUUACGCAAUGUUACCGUUGAAGAUUUGGGAAGCUUUUGUGUUUAGUGUGUCCCUUCCUUUGGUUCAUAUCGCCUUUACUGGUUAUCACAUCUACAAAGAAACUUACCCGUAUCGAGCCUACAAUCAAUUGUCUGCAAAUAUCUUCAUUUUUGUCGGCAUUAAUGUCGCAGGCGUUGUCAUAAACAUCAUGAUGGAAAGAGCUCAACGACGCGCGUUCUUAGACACAAGAAAUUGCAUUGCAGCACGAUUAGAAAUGGAAGAUGAGAAUGAGAAAUUGGAGCGACUUUUGCUUUCAGUUUUACCACAACAUGUUGCGAUGGAGAUGAAGAAUGACAUCUUGUCGCCGGUUGAAGGACAAUUUCAUAAAAUCUACAUACAGAAAUAUGAAAAUGUUAGCAUCUUAUUUGCUGACAUUGUUGGAUUUACAGUCUUAGCAAGUCAGUGCACAGCUCAAGAAUUGGUGCGAUUACUUAACGAACUCUUCGGACGUUUCGAUCAACUUGCACAUGACAAUCAUUGCUUGAGAAUAAAGAUUCUCGGUGAUUGUUAUUAUUGUGUUAGUGGAUUGCCAGAACCACGAGCAGAACAUGCUAAAAAUACUGUUGAAAUGGGCCUUGACAUGAUUGACGCGAUCUCAUCAGUCGUUGAAGCCACAGAUGUCAACCUUAACAUGCGAGUCGGAAUUAACUCCGGAAGAGUUCUCUGCGGUGUUUUAGGGCUUCGUAAAUGGCAGUACGACGUUUUCGGCGAUAACGUCACAAUUGCGAAUCACAUGGAAUCGGGAGGUGAACCGGGACGUGUUCACAUUACUCGUGCGACACUUGAAGCGCUCGGUGGUGAAUAUGAAGUUGAGUUGGGUAAUGGUGGAUCGAGAGAUUAUUACCUUAAACAACAAGGAAUCGACACGUUCUUCAUUGUGCCGCCGAUUCAUCGAAGAAAACCGCUCAUGUUGAACACACUCGGUGUGAGGUCAGCGGUUGGUGAAGCAAAUCGACGAAAACUCUCCUUCCGAAAUGUCUCAAAUGUCGUUGUUCAACUGCUUCACACAAUUAAACCGUAUUCAGUGCCAGCGCCUUUCUCACAUCUGGCAACGACGGGUGGUGGUUUCAAUCAUGAGAACGCUGGUGGAUUUCAAGAUAAUAAAACAAGACAGAACAAAGUGACGGAAAAGUUCAAAAGACCAUUUAAGAAACGUCAUUCGAGUGUCUAUCAUCAGCCUUCAAAUCGUGUAAACAAAUUUUUGUCUCAAGCAAUAGAAGCUCGUUCAGUUGAUCGUGAGAAGACUGCGCACGUGAGUCGAAUAACAUUGAACUUUCGUGAAAAAGAGAAAGAGAAAAGUUAUCAUCAAGACUUCGACUUUGGAUUUACAAUGUCGAUGGGAACGAGCUUACUGUUGUUGAUUCUUAGUGCUGGACUUCAGGUUUCAGCGCUUCCACAAACUUUAAUUCUGUUGCUGCUAUUCCUAACAGCUUUUAUCUGGAUAUCAGCAAUUUUAAUGUUGAUUAUGGCAGCACGACUGAAAUGGAUUUAUUGGGAUGUUGCUCAAAGUUUCUCAUUAAGAUUAGCAAUUACAGUAUUCACAAUCAUUCUCGUUUAUUCGGUUGGUCAAAUGAAUGUCUUCACAUGCCUCAGUGACAGCCCAUGCACAGCAAAUUUCACAACACCAGAAUCGAAAGACGUCAUUGAUCAUGACAGUCAUCGACGCUGUGCCUUUCCACAGUAUAUUUCACUCUCAGCUGCUUUUGCUUUCAUUUGUGUGUCGAUAUUUUUGAGACUACCGAUCAUCGUAAAAACUUUAUUAAUCGUUCUCAUGGGUACAGCUUACUCACUUUUCAUUGAAAUAUCACAUGCUCACAUAUUCGAUUGCUAUGAUAACCGGUGGAAUGAUAGCAAAUCAUCUUCAUCUGUUCCACUUCAUACGAUAUCUCUCGCUCGAAUUGUCAUUUUUAUGAUUGCUGUUCUGACACAUGGACGACAAGUUGAAUGGACAGCUCGGUUGGAUUUCUUAUGGCAAUUGCAAGCGUCACAGGAAAAAAGAGAAAUGUCAGUUUUGCAGCAAUCAAAUAAAAGAAUUUUGCACAAUUUAUUGCCAUCCCAUGUUGCCGCACAUUUCUUAGAUUUCCAGUUCAGAAGUAACAAUAUGGGAACAUUACGACAAGAGCUUUAUCAUCAAAGUUAUCAAAAGGUUGGCGUAGCAUUUUGUUCACUUCCGAACUUCCAAGAAUUCUAUACAGAACUUGAUGGAUCAAAUCAAGGUGUUGAAUGUUUGAGACUUCUCAACGAAAUUAUCGCAGAUUUUGACGAAUUAUUGUGUGAUGAGAGAUUUCAUUCGAUAGAUAAAAUUAAGACGAUUGGAUCGACUUAUAUGUUAGCUGUUGGACUGAUACCGGAAUAUAAAAUUAUUCCAAGUGAUCCGCAUUCGUCUCGUCGUCUCAUGACAUCGUUGAUAGAAUUUGUUCGAUCGAUGAGAGUGAAAUUAAAGAACAUUAACGACAAUUCUUAUAACAAUUUUAUGUUGCGUGUUGGUGUUAAUGUUGGAUCGGUUGUUGCUGGUGUAAUUGGAGCACGAAAGCCACAAUAUGAUAUUUGGGGAAACACUGUGAAUGUCGCAUCUCGAAUGGACUCAACAGGUGUUCCAGGAUACACGCAAGUUACGCAAGAAGUUGUUGAUGCAUUGCAAGGCUCUCAUUUUGAAUUCAAAUGUCGUGGACAAAUUAAAGUUAAGGGAAAAGGUGACAUGAUUACUUACUUCCUUUGUGACACUAAACCUUCUAAUGAACUUGAUCACGUUCGUCAUCCAAAUUAUCAUGAGAAUGCUAACUAUCAAGGAAGUGCAAUUAAUAAAGAAAUUUACAUGAAAAAGAAAAACUUUGGAAAUUAUCUUGAAGAUAAGCCGACUUCAAGUUACAAUAAUGCAAAUUUAUACAAUGGAAUGAACUUAACCGAGAAUCUCAACUAUGUUAAACGUGAAUAUGAUAAUUACAACAAAAUUAAUAUCAAUAAUCACUACAAUAUUAACAACUACAACAUUCAUGGACAGCAUCAACAGCAAAAUCAUCCACAAUAUAAUAUUCGUGAGAAUUUUAAUAUCAUCGAGAAUCCCAAUGACAAACAAUCACGAAAUAAUUAUUUAGAUCGAAAUGGUGGCGAUGAGACAACAAACUAUCCAAAUCAUUACAAUAUAAUGCAUGCAAGAAAUGAACAUGAACACGAACCACUUUUAUUGAACGCUACGGUUGCAAAUGUAAUGCCCAAAGUUUUAUAUCGUGCUGAAUCAUCAAACAAAUAUGAACCACCGCAAUAUAUUGGUAUUCCAUUUCAACGAACAAUUCAACCGAUGACACAAGAUGGACGUUAUCGACCUUAUCAAUCACAUCAACAAAUGAAGAAGCAAACAAAUUCAGUUCCACGUUAUCAUCAUCCAAAUGUGAGUGGAAGUAGCAAUCAGGUUGAAGCUUACAUGAAACCGCUACCAAAACUUCCGAUAAACACAGACUUUAAUGAGAGUCGUGAGAUGUCAUCGACUGAUGAUUUAAGUCAAAGUGAUCAUCGGCAAUCGAUUAGUGUUGAUUCGUCUUCUGAUGAAAGCUAUUCAAAGACAACAGAUGAUUGUGAACAAAGUAAUCAUAAGUUAAAUAUGACAAGGGAUGGAGAUGGAAAACAUCAUAGUGGUUAUCAACAUCGUCAUGAUGAACAUAAAGCAAUUCAAGCAUUGAAAGAUCUUCAAGACUAUGAAAUGAGCUCAACAACUGAUCACACAGUCUCAACAAUUCCCAACAAGGGCGAAUCAUGUAACAGCUUUGAAUUUCAUGAUAAACCUUUUCCUAAAUCACCUUUCGAAAGAGAACUUCAACGUCUUCUCAAUGAAUCUGCUAAGAAUAAGAUGAUGCCAGCAAACAAAACCAACAAUUUAGAUUCGACAAAGAAAAAUAAUCCAACAAAUGGCAACAAUAACAAUAAUAACAACAACAAUAGCAAUAGUGGACUUUAUCUUAAAUCUAAAGUAACAAAUGCUGUUGGAUCGUUGCCAAGCUCAUCAUCAGGAAAUGGAAAUAAUAACAACAUUAAGGUAAAGGAUAGCGAUGAGUCGUGCGUUGACACGAAUAGCCUUAAACAUCCAGUGGGUCUUGAAGCAAUUAAAGAGAUGACAAGAAAUAAAAAUGCCGAUAAUCAAACUCAAAGUCUCGAAAAACAGCGAAUUGAGACGCAGCAAAAUGAGAAUAAUUUAGAUGAACCGACAAGCAUAUCGAGUUAUAGUCGGAAUAGUAGUCGAAAAGAGAAUUAUUGUGAAGAUGGUGACGAUCUCAAGUUAAGUGCAAGCACAAGUCAGAAUCUCCUUGAAACAAACAUGGAGAGUCAAUCAGAGUGGAGUGAAGAUGAAUGUCGAGAUGAAGCUGGCGGAUGCGAAAGUGCUGGUUACAUCACUGAUGACCCAGGAUUAGAAAAUCUUUCAUUGCUCAACGAAGCUGGUCUUACAGAUGCUGAAGGUGCUUUAAGUGAUGUAAACUCGCUUUACAACGCACCAGACGACACUUCAAUAUCAAGUUCAAGGGCGAGUAGUCGAUUCGAGCUAAGUCUUGAUUCUCUAAGCGGCUUAUACGAAUGUGAAGUAGAUACAAAGAAUGAAAUGGCAAUUGUUAAUGCUUCGAAUAUCAUUACAAGCAAAUUUGGCCCGCAGAAUUAAUUCAAAUGAACUUUAACUGACGGUAAUCUAUCAUUAAAUAAGAAAUUGUACAUAACAAAAAGGAAAUUGUGAGUCACAUGGAAGUGAACUGAAAGCAAAAAGAAUAAAAGUUUUUUUGCUAUUCAUCAUGGUAUUAAAAAAGAAGAAACAAAAUGUGAAGCAACAGAAUAUUUUUAGUAAAUAUAGAAAGAUUUUCAAAGAAAUUCUUAAGGAGAUCAAAUGAUGCUAUUCCUUCUCUUUAUCUGUCUUACAAAAUGUAAUUAUUAUUGUGGUUUAUUAGAUUUCCAAGCAAAUGUUCUGCAUUUAAUGUGAAUGCUCUCUUGUGAAAGCUUCAUAUGAAAUGAGGGAGAAGUUCAUAAGUUGAGUCAUUAAAAGCUUCAUCACUUUUAUUCUAGUACAACACUUGUGCUAGUACAGAAAUAUUUAUCCAUAAUUGUACUAGAAAUUGUACAAUUUGGAUAAUUUAAAGAGAGAAAGCAAACAUUGACUGAACUUAUGAUUGUCCCCCUUUUUUUGCGCAUAAAAAAUAUAUUUUCUAUGAAAUGAUAACUUUAAUAGAGCUUAAUGAAACUUCCUUAUUUUAUUUAUCUGAUGGAGCCAUAAUUUUUGUUUUCUCGGUUCACGAUAAUGAUAAUUUACUUAAAAAGCGUUUAAAUGAUUACAAUCAUGACGAUGAACAAAGAAAAGUUGAGAAUCAAAUUAUUUGAUGACCAAAAAGUGAGUGCAAUAUUUAAGAAACGAGGGAAAAGUUUUAAUUCACUUCUUUGUUUUUGGCUUAAUGCGCAUAAUUAAAAAUUUAAAUUCUUAUUAGGAGCUUUGCGAAAAAAGAAAGGAAAAAAAAACAGCAAAAUAAUUAUUUAGGCUAAUGUUAUGUAGUUGAAGACUUUUCUUUACACUGCGGCUUGUAUUCGAAUCUAAUGUAACUUUUCGUUGCUUCCAUGAAACUAUUUAAGAAAGAAGAAAACAUUUCGUUUCAUCAAAAUUUCAUUCUUAUGAUACUCAAAGAUGUAUCGCUGCUCAUUUAUCAUCGUGAAAAUAAACAAAAAGAAGAAAAAAAAAUUAAUCAUUUUAAAAAUGAACAUGAAAUAAGAAAAUUUUUAAUGCUAUUAAAGAUAUCAAUUUGAUAUGACACAUCGUCGAUUGUAUGUACCUCACUUACAUAGUUUACAUUGAAAACUUUUUUUGCAUCAUACAUAAAUAUGAUAAAAGUCGUCAUAACUCAUUAAUUGAUGAAAUAAAGGAUUUUUUUUUUCAAUGAAACAAAAAUGUAG